UUCAAACUAGACCACGAACUUGAUGAAGUCGGUUUGUUUAUGUUAGCAAACCAUAACUUCUAUUCCACUAAAAUAGCAUGUCUCAAGUGACUAGAUUACAAAUAGAAAUGGACGCGGAAGAAAUGGUUGCCCAACUUAACAGAAAAGAAUUGCGCAAGCAGCAGUUGAUAGAGUACUUAGCAGCAAAAGGAAGACUGAAGCCACCAAACCCAAAACCUUAUCUUCGAGAUGCCGUUAAAGCAAAGCAGAUCACCAUGUCUACCGUGAAGGAUGAUCUGGACCCGGGAAAAGAGAACCAGGGUCCAAAUCCCCUCAAGAUGAAAAAGGGAACGGUGAAGGUUCAACCUCUGAUGGCCAACGCCGUUUCCCAAACCACUGGCACCUUCUGCAGUACCACCAACAAACAGAUCUCUGCCAACGGUCUCCUCUCUGCAGCAUCGAGUACCGCACGUCUCAACGUGCUCAAAGGCUUGACAAAGCCUUCUGCGGUUGCCCCAAGUCACUCAACCAGCCUGAAGACGGCUCCAGACAGAUCACAAUCCACUGUCCCUACCAAAAGAUGCCCAGGCACCACCAACCAACCCAGAACCCAGCCUAAUCUAGCUGUUAAAGUCAGCAACACACGCCCUAGCUCAGCCAAACCCCUGGCAAACGCUGGUAGAACACAUUCAGCCAACACAACCAGACCAAAGCCAAAUAUUACUGGGAAACCCGCUAACACACUCCGCACAGCCAGCACGCGGCCCAACACAGCCAGCACGCGGCCCAACACAGCCAGCACGCGGCCCAACACAGCCAGCACGCGGCCCAACACAGCCAGCACGCGGCCCAACACAGCCAGCACGCGGCCCAACACAGCCAGCACGCGGCCCAACACAGCCAGCACGCGGCCCAACACAGCCAGCACGCGGCCCAACACAGCCAGCACGCGGCCCAACACAGCCAGCACGCGGCCCAACACAGCCAGCACGCGGCCCAACACAGCCAGCACGCGGCCCAACACAGCCAGCACGCGGCCCAACACAGCCAGCACGCGGCCCAACACAGCCAGCACGCGGCCCAACACAGCCAGCACGCGGCCCAACACAGCCAGCAGUGCCAGAAUGAGUCCGAGCACAAUGGUUAAAACCAAGACAGGCCUUGUGUCUGUCCAGAUGCAGCCUAGAAGCACCACCGUCCCUGCUCCAGCAUCAGCCUCCUUCACCCCCUUGGCCUUGAACAGAGCAUGCCCAAGCACCAGCCCAGUCCCAGCUGUGACCCAAAAGCCACCAGUUACUGCUCAGAGGAGAAGGAAUCCCUUCACUGGCGUGAGUGAGACUAACCAGAGGACAACUGCCUUGGCUGUGGACAAUGGGCAAAGGAGAAGCCAAGCUGUGAGUAGGACUGAUUCCACACCACUCCCAGAGAGAUCCAGUAAACCAGCAGGUCAGAGACAACCUGUCACUGGACCUAAACCCAUCAUCCAAGGCCCUACUGGUCCUGGGCACAAGACUGCAGCUACGAAGCCAGGUAAUAAAAGGACAACCAAAACCUCUCCCAGAGUUUCCAUUCAAGAAGUUGAGUGUAUUCAGAGGGCUGCAUCACAGCACAGGGCUGAGGCUAGAGGAGCAGGAGCCAGCACUCGGAUAUGGAAGGCUGCCUCUCGAGCUUCCACCGGGAUAACAGGAAACCAAUGGCAGAACACGGCUCUGAGUAGGGCCAUGCAUGCAGCUGUGGCUGCGAUGGGACAGAAAAGCAGCAGCGAGGAAAACCGAGGCAUGGUGGAGAGCGGGUGGGCAGACACUGACACCAAGAAUGAACCCAAUGCUCCAUCGCCCUCAUCAACAUCUCCGGCGUGUUGGCCUAGGCCUCACAGCAGCACAGUAAAUGGUGUGUGGCUCCCCCAGACGGUGCCUCGCUCUGCCAAAAAGUCCAGCCAUGGCCAGGAGGAGGUGGGGUGGGAGGCUGGUGUUGGCCUUAAGACACCCAGAGACCAGGCCAGGGUCGUGCCCAAGACAGAGGGCCGCAGGAAGAUGACAGUUGCCCAGGAAGAGAGAAUGCAGAAGCUCCAGGAAUGGCGUGAGAACAGGGGCAUCUCCUACAAGCGUCCCCCCAUGCCGGUGAGGCCUCCUCGGGUGCGGCGCACCUUGGCCCUCCCUCAGGCUUAUUGGGACGGUAUGGAGGAGGAAGUUGAGGCCAGGUGUCUGGUUGAAGCUGUGGACCGGUGUCUGGCUGACUGCAUCAAGUUGCUGAAUGAGGGCUGCCUGUCCUCCCAGGUGCAGGAGAUGCUGUCCACUGUGCCCAUGGCUGAGAAGUUCUCCAAGUACUGGAUCUGCCAGGCCCGUCUGAUGGAGCGCCAGGGCAACCUGGAGGUUCUGCCGCUGUUUGAAGAGGCUGUACGAGUGGUGUUAGAGCCAGUGGAUGAGCUGCGGACUGUUGUGUUUGAGAUGCUGAAAAAGAAGGAAGACACACAAGGUCAGUCUACCGUAGCAUCGGAGCAGGAGCCUGUAAGAGAGCAGGAUGACGUUAUGGAGCUUCACUCUACACCAGACCCCAUGGCCACACCCACAGCCGUCAAAGCACUGAUCCGUGGUGACCGAGGAGGCUCGUCUGUGGUCAAGUACAAGAUCACCGCCACUCCAGGUGGUUUCAGGAGCCAGAAGAGGGAGGCGGCGGUGGCCCGCGUGUUGGACGGACAGGAGCUGAGAUUCUUCACCCCCGUCAGGCGCUCAGUGAGGAUCGAGAAGUCCGCGCUCUGCUACCCCGCCUCCCUGCAGGAGCACGACCUAUGUGUGGCCUCCUUCAAUGACCUGAUGGCCCAGCAGGAUGAGAGAGAGGGGGAAGGAGAGAGGGAGGGAGACGAAGAGGGGGGAGGCAGCGCCGGGCCCGUCCCAAACGGUCAUCUGUACGUGUACAGAGAGAACGGUGCGCUGAGAGACAAGGUCAACAUCCAGCUGGUCUACGCUGAGGAAGAAGACUAACGGGCUGUGUCCUAGUAGUGUAAAAUGGCUUCCUCUCCUGCUUUACCCUGAUCUACUAGUACAGGAAUAGGGAGGUCCUGGAUAUGGUGCUCACCAUCUGGGAAUGUAGCUUACACCUGUCCAGUUGUAUGUCCUUCAGUGCAUGGUCACGUUCCUUAGUGGCGAGCUGUAGUAAAACAAACCGUUCUGAAAGACACCUGGGGGAUGAGUUUGUCAAUCUAAACUUUUCUGUACAGAAUCCUGCAGGAAGAGCCUGUCUAUCCAUCUGUCUGUGUUAACAGGGGACAAUGUCUGUCUGGAGGACAUGCACAGAUGGGUUUCCAACUUGACAGUUACUCAUUUGUAUGUCAAACCAAAAGCAUCCAUUGACUUUUUAGAUGGACUUUUGUUUUUUAAUGCAAACUGUAGUAAGGUUUUUUUUUAUUAUUUUUUUAAGAUUGUACAUACAGUUGAAGUCAGAAGUUUACAUACACUUAGGUUGGAGUCAUUAACUAGUUUUUCAACCACUCCGCAAAUUUCUUGUUAACAAACUAUAGUUUUGGCAAGUCUGUUAGGACAUCUAAUUUGUGCAUGACAAGUAAUUUUCCAACAAUUGUUUACAGACAGAUUAUUUCACUUAUAAUUCACUGUAUCACAAAUCCAGUGGGUCAGAAGUUUACAUACACUACGUUGACUGUGCCUUCAAACAGCUUGGAAAAUUCCAGAAAAUGACGUGAUGGCUUUAGGAACUUCUGUUAGGCUAAUUGACAUAAUUUGAGUCAAUUGGAGGUGCACCUGUGGAUGUAUUUCAAGGCCUACCUUCAAACUCAGCGCCUCUUUGCUUGACAUCAUGGGAAAAUCCAAAGAAAUCAGCCAAGACCCCCAAUUUUUGUAGACCCUAAGUCUGGUUCAUCCUUGGGAGCAAUUUUCAAAUGCCUGAAGGUACCACGUUCAUCUGUACAAACAAUAGUACGCAUGUAUAAACACCAUGGGACCACGCAGCUGUCAUACCGCUCAGGAAGGAGACGCGUUCUGUCUCCUAGAUAUGAACGUACUUAGGUGCGAAACGUGUAAUCAAUCCCAGAACAACAGCAAAGGACCUUGUGAAGAUGCUGGAGGAAACAGGUACAAAGUAUCUAUAUCCACAGUAAAAACGAGUCCUUAUCGACAUAACCUGAAAGGCCGCUCAGCAAGGAAGAAGCCACUGCUCCAAAACCACCAUAAAAAAGCCAGACUACGGUUUGCAACAAAAGCUGAAGAACACCAUCCCAACUGUGAAGCACGGAGGUGGUAACAUCAUCUUGUGGGGGUGCGUUGCUGCUGGAGGGAUUGGUGCACUUCACAAAAAAAAGAUGGCAUCAUGAGGUAGGAAAAGUAUGUGGAUAUAUGGGGGGGGGAAUUAUAUAGCCCUUCUUACAUCAGCUGAUAUCUCAAAGUGCUGUACAGAAACCCAGCCUAAAACCCCAAACAGCAAGCAGGUGUAGAAGCACAGUGGCUAGGAAAAACUCCCUAGAAAGGCCAAAACCUAGGAAGAAACCUAGAGAGGAACCAGGCUAUGAGGGGUGGCCAGUCCUCUUCUGGCAAUGCCGGGUGGAGAUUAUAACAGAACAUGGCCAAGAUGUUCAAAUGUUCACAAAUGACCAGCAUGGUCAAAUAAUAAUAAUCACAGUAGUUGUCGAGGGUGCAACAAGUUAGCACCUCAGGAGUAAAUGUCAGUUGGCUUUUCAUAGCCGAUCAUUAAGAGUAUCUCUACCGCUCCUGCUGUCUCUAGAGAGUUGAAAACAGCAGGACUGGGACAGGUAGCACGUCCGGUGAACAGGUCAGUGUUCCAUAGCUGCAGGCAGAACAGUUGAAACUGGAGCAGCAGCACGGCCAGGUGGACUGGGGACAGCAAGGUGUCAUCAUGCCAGGUAGUCCUGAGGCAUGGUCCUAGGGCUCAGGUCCUCCGAGAGAGAAAGAGAGAAUUAGAGAGAGCAUACUUAAGUUCACACAAGACACCGGAUAAGACAGGAGAAAUACUCCAGAUAUAACAGACUGACCCUAGCCCCCCGACACAAACUACUGCAGCAUAAAUACUGGAGGCUGAGACAGGAGGGGUCAGGAGACACUGUGGCCCCAUCCGAUGAUACCCCCAGACAGGGCCAAACAGGCAGGAUAUCACCUCACCCACUUUGCCAAAUCACAGCCCCCAUACCACUAGAGGGAUUUCUUCAACCACCAACUUACCAUCCUGAGACAAGGCCGAGUAUAGCCCACAAAGAUCUCUGCCACGGCACAACCCAAGGGGGGGCGCCAACCCAGACAGGAAGAUCACGUCAGUGACUCAACCCACUCAAGUGAUGCACCCCUCCUAUGGACGGCAUGGAAGAGCACUAGUAAGCCAGUGACUCCGCCCCUGUAAUAGGGUUAGAGGGGGAGAAUCCCUGUGGGGAGAGGGGAACCGGCCAGGCAGAGACAGCAAGGGCGGUUCGUUGCACCAGAGCCUUUCCGUUCACCUUCACACUCCUGGGCCAGACUACACUCAAUCAUAUGACCCACUGAAGAGAUGAGUCUUCAGUAAAGACUUAAAAGUUGAGACCGAGUCUGCGUCUCUCACAUGGGUAGGCAGACCAUUCCAUAAAAAUUGAGCUCUAUAGGAGUAAGCCCUGCCUCCAGCUGUUUGCUUAGAAAUUUGAGGGACAAUUAGGAGGCCUGCGUCUUGUGACCGUAGCGUACGUGUAGGUAUCUACGGCAGGACCAAAUCGGAAAGAUAGGUAGGAGCAAGCCCAUGUAAAGCUUUGUAGGUUAGCAGUAAAACCUUGAAAUCACCCCUUGCCUUAACAGGAAGCCAGUGUAGGGAGGCUAGCACUGGGGUAAUAUGAUCAAAUUUUUGGGUUCUAGUCAGGAUUCUAGCAGCCGUAUUUAGCACUAACUGAAGUUUAUUUAUUGCUUUAUCCGGGUAGCCGGAAAGUAGAGCAUUGCAGUAGUCUAACCUAGAAGUAACAAACGCAUGGAUUAAUUUUUCUGCAUCAUUUUUGGACAAAGUUUUAGAUUUUUGCAAUGUUACGUAGAUGGGAAAAAGCUGUCCUUGAAACAGUCUUGAUAUGUUCGUCAAAAGAGAGAUCAGGGUCCAGAGUAACGCCGAGGUCCUUCACAGUUUUAUUUGAGAUGACUGUACAACCAUCAAGAUUAAUUGUCAGAUUCAACAGAAGAUCUCUUUGUUUCUUGGGACCUAAAACAAGCAUCUCUGUUGUCUGAGUUUAAAAGUAGAAAGUUUGCAGCCAUCCACUUCCUUAUGUCUGAAACACAGGCUUCCAACGAGGGAAAUUUUGGGGCUUCACCAUGUUUCAUUGAAAUGUACAGCUGUGUGUCAUCCGCAUAGCAAUGAAAGUUAACAUUAUCUUUUCGAAUGACAUCCCCAAGAGGUAAAAUAUAUAGUGAAAACAAUAGUUGUCCUAAAACGGAACCUUGAGGAACACCGAAAUUUACAGUUGAUUUGUCAAACAAACCAUUCACAGAGACAAACUGAUAUCUUUCCGACAGAUAAUAUCUAAACCAGGCCAGAACCUGUCCAUGUAGACCAAUUUGGGUUUCCAAUCUCUCCAAAAGAAUGUGGUGAUCGAUGGUAUCAAAAGCAGCACUAAGGUCUAGGAGCACGAGGACAGAUGCAGAGCCUCGGUCUGACGCCAUUAAAAGGUAAUUUACCACCUUCACAAGUGCAGUCUCAGUGCUAUGAUGGUGUCUAAAACCAAACUGAAGCAUUUUGUAUACAUUGUUUGACUUCAGGAAGGCAACAGCUUUUUGUAAAAUUUUAGAGAGGAAUGGAAGAUUCGAUAUAGGCCGAUAGUUUUUUUUAUAUUUUCUGGGACAAGGUUUGGCUUUUUCAAGAGAGGCUUUAUUACUGCAACUUUUAGUGAGUUUGGUACACAUUUGAUUAUUUUCAUCAUUGUGUCAAGAGACAUAGUACUAAAACACUUGAGUGUCUCCCUUGAUCCUAGGUCCUGGCAGAGUUGUGCGGACUCAGGACAACUGAGCUCUGUAGGAAUACGCAGAUUUAAAGAGGAGUCCGUAAUUUGCUUUCUAAUGAUCAUGUUCGAUUCCUCAAAGAAGUUCAUGAAUUUAUUACUGCUGAAGUGAAAGCCAUCCUCUCUUGGGGAAUGCUGCUUUUUAGUUAGCUUUGCAACAGUAUCAAAAAUACAUUUUGGAUUGUUCUUAUUUUCCUCAAUGAAGUUGGAAAAAUAGGAUGAUCGAGCAGCAGUGAGGGCUCGUCGAUACUGCACAGUACUGUCUUUCCAAGCUAGUCGGAAGACUUCCAGUUGUGUGUGGCACCAUUUCCGUUCCAAUUUUCUGGAAGCUUGCUUCAGAGCUCGGGUAUUUUCUGUAUACCAGGGAGCUAGUUUCUUAUGACAAAUGUUUUUAGUUUUUAGGGGUGCAACUGCAUCUAGGGUAUUGCGCAAGGUUGAAUUGAGUUCCUCAGUUAGGUCGUUAACUGAUUUUUGUCCUCUGACGUCCUUGGGUAGGCAGAGGGAGUCUGGAAGGGCAUCAAGGAAUCUUUGGGUUGUCUGAGAAUUUAUAGCACGACUUCUAAUGCUCCUUGGUUGGGGUCUGAGCAGAUUACUUGUUGCGAUUGCAAACGUAAUAAAAUGGUGGUCCGAUAGUCCAGGGUUAUGAGGAAAAACAUUAAGAUCUACAACAUUUAUUCCAUGGGACAAAACUAGGUCCAGAGUAUGACUGUGGCAGUGAGUAGGUCCAGAGACAUGUUGAACAAAACCCACUGAGUCGAUGAUGGCUCCAAAAGCCUUUUGGAGUGGGUCUGUGGACUUUUCCAUGUGAAUUUUAAAGUCACCAAAUAUUGGAGUAUUAUCUGCUUAUGACUACAAGGUCCGAUAGGAAUUCAGGGAACUCAGUGAGGAAUGCUGUAUAUGGCCCAGGAGGCCUGUAAACAGUAGCUAUAAAAUGUGAUUGGGUAUGCUGCAUAGAUUUCAUGACUAGAAGCUCAAAAGACGAAAACGUUAAAAAAAAACAUUUAAAUUUGUUAUCGUUAAUGUUAGCAACACCUCCGCCUUUGCGGGAUUCACGGGGAAUAUGGUCACUAGUGUAACCAGGAGGUGAGGCCUCAGGAGGUGAGGUAUCACAAUCUCUUUCAAUAAUGACAGGAAUGGAGGAGGUCUUUAUUCCAGUGAGAUUGCUAAGGCGAACACCGCCAUGUUUAGUUUUGCCCAACCCAGGUCGAGGCACAGACACGGUCUUAAUGGGGAUAGCUGAGCUGACUACACUGACUGUGCUAGUGACAGACUCCACUAAGUUGGCAGGGUGGCUAACAGCCUGCUGCCUGGCCUGCACCCUAUUUCAUUGUGGAGUUAGAGGAGUUAGAGCCCUGUCUAUGUUGGUAGAUAAGAUGAGAGCACCCCUCCAGCUAGGAUGGAGUCCGUCACUCCUCAACAGGCCAGGCUUGGUCCUGUUUGUGGGUGAGUCCCAGGAAGAGGGCCAAUUAUCUACAAAUUCUAUCUUUUGGGAGGGGCCGAAAACAGUUUUCAACCAGCGAUUGAGUUGUGAGACUCUGCUGUAGAGCUCAUCACUCCCCCUAACUUGGAGGGGGCCAGAGACAAUUACUCGAUGCCGACACAUCUUUCUAGCUGAUUUACACGUUGAAGCUAUGUUGCGCUUGGUGACCUCUGACUGUUUCAUCCUAACAUCGUUGGUGCCGACGUGGAUAAUCGUCUCAGAAAUAUAACACUCUUAUAAGAACUUGUGAGUUCAACAUAGGCUUUUUAAUACAAUGUAUCACAAGCCGUGUCAGUCCGCGGAAAGACCACCUUUCCUAAGCCCUGGCUCUGUUUUUAUACACAAACAGUAUAUCAGUCCAUUACAGACGCACAUUAAGUCACUACUCAUAAGUCAUAUGUUACCAUUGUCUUUCACUUUCAGGCUUCCUGCUUGUUCAUGCCCAAUAAUGCCUGUAUCCGCUCUUGAUUAGAUUACAAUGGUGCCAGGACCUUCUCAGUGUCCUAAUAUAAAUAUGUAUUAUGCCUAUAGUCCAUAUGUUGGUCAUUUGGCUGGCCCCCUCUUUUGUAUGUCCCUCUGACCUUGGAAUCUCCAGCUUUUCUAUGCAUUUAUGGCCUUGCUUUAUUUUCCUAGACAGUAGACCAUGUACUUUAAGCUUACCUAAGCCUUUAUAAUGGCUUUGGCCAUUAUGUCUUAGUUUCCUGUUUUUACCAGCCUGUAUCCAUUCACUUCCACAGUGGCAACUUGGAUAACAAAAUCUCUAUAUCCUCGCCAGCUUUAUCUUUUGCCAGCACCAUCUUCAGAUUAGCCUUAACGUCGGUAGCCCUGCUCCCUUGUAAACAAUGUAUGAUCGCUGGAUGAUUCGUUUUAAGUCUAAUACUGCGCGUAAUGGAUUCGCCGCUGACUAGGGUUUUCAAUUUGUCAGAGCUAAUGGUGGGAGCCUUCGGUGUCUCAGACCCCAUAACGGGAGGAGUAGAGACCAGAGAAGGCUCGGCCUCUGACUCGCUGCUUAACGGGGAGAACCGGUUGAAAGUUAUUGUCGGCUGAAUGAGCGACACCGGUUGAGCAUUCCUACAGAAUUUCCCUACAGAAGCCAUGAGAAAGUUGUCCGGCUGCGGGGACUGUGCGGGGGGAUUUAUACUAACGUUACUAUCUGUACUUACUGGUGGCACAGACGCUGUUGCCCUUGACUAACGAUUGCGUCUGAAGCUGGGCUUGCAGCACAGCUAUCCUCGCCGUAAGGCGAUCGCUCUCCUGUAUAUUUUGAGUACAGCGACUGCAAUUAGAAGGCAUCGUGUUAAUGUUACUGCUUAGCUUCGGCUGUAGGAGGUCCUGACGAACCAUGUCCGGAUAAAACGUCCGGAGUGAAAAAGUUAAAUGAAAAAAAGUUGAGUGAGGGAAAACUAAAAAUAUAAACGGUAAUUAAAAAGUAAAAACCGUAAAGUUGUCAGGUAGCAAAGUAAGGUUGGCAACAAAACGCACAGCAGCACGUAAACAAGUCUGCAAGUUGUGACCAGAAAUCAAAAGCAAUAUCUCAAGACAUCAGUCAGGAAGUUAAAGCUUGCUCGCAAAUGGGUCUUCCAAAUGGACAAUGACCCCAAGCAUACUUCCAAAGUUGUGGCAAAAUGGCUUAAGGACAACAAAGUCAAGGUAUUGGAGUAGCCAUCACAAAGCCCUGACCUUAAAUCCUAUAGAAAAUGUGUGGGCAGAACUGAAAAAGCGUGUGCGUGCAAGGAGGCCUACAAACCUGACUCAGUUACACCAGCUCUGUCGGGAGGAAUGGGACAAAAUUCACCCAACUUAUUGUGGAAAGCUUGUGGAAGACUACCAGAAACAUUUGACCCACGUUAAACAAUUUAAAGGCAAUGCUACCAAAUACUAAUUGAGUGCAUGUAAACUUCUGACCCACCUGAAUUGGGAUGAAAGAAAUAAAAGCUGAAAUAUAUAAUUCCUUCUACUAUUAUUCAGACAUUUCACAUUCUUAAAAUAAAGUGAUGAUCCUAACUGACCUAAAACAGAUUUUUUACAAGGAUUAAAUGUCAGGAAUUGUGAAAAACUGUGUUUAAAUAUAUUUGGUAUGUAAACUUCUGAAAUCAACUGUACCUGUUUUGUAUUUGAGGCAUGAAUGAUGUCUGUAUUUAUGUAUAAUAAAUAAUUAACUUUGGUAA